GAAUCUUACCCGACGGAGAUGAAAUGAAUAUCGGCGUUUGAACUCCCAGAACAGUCACGAACUACAAUUUAACAUUUUUAAUAGAAUGCCACCGAGACAAAUCCCCUGUGAGAGCUGUCGAAAGCAUCAUGUCAAAUGCAACUAUGGCAACCCGAAAUGUGCGCGAUGUGAAAGAUCCGGAAUAGAAUGUAUUCGGAGAGCACCUAGGAAGUUUCGACAUACCAUAUCGGAUGCUUCACCAGCAGGGUACCGUACAUUGCAAUACAUUGAUGAAACACCCAAGUUCAGCGAAACCUCUCCAACAGAGGCGUCAUUCCAAUCUCCCAAAGUUCCAGACAGCAGCGCCCAUGCACAGUCCCUAUCCUCGUUUAACUCGGAAGAGAGCCCAUCCACGCCCUUUGGAGCCUUCUCAUCACGCCUUCUGGAUACUCCCCACCUCCCUUGGCCGCAAACCGGUCCCAAGGAAGCAUGUCUACUGCGGUACUUUGUCGAGUACCUAGCCAGAUGGUUCGACCUCUGUGAUCCAGAGCGCCAUUUCGUCAAGGCCAUUCCUCAGAUCGCCCGAGGAAGCGAACCACUGCGCAACGCCAUUCUGGCCGUAUCAGCAAGACACUUCAGCACUUUACCAAAAGAGAAGCAGGGCCAGGUCAUCGAAGAGUACGGACUACAGCAGGACUUGGCAAUCAACGAAGAGACGGUACUAUAUUACCACAACAAAUGCAUCACAGACCUGAGAUCCCUCGCCAGCGAACCAGAAGCUCUCAUGGACGAAAUCCUCCUCGCAACAGUAGUAAUCCUCCGAUUCUACGAAGAACUAGACAGCCCCUUCAUCGACCUCCCAACCGAAACAGCAAUCCAAGGCCUCAACGUCUUCGUCGAAGCCCAAGCCAAACUCGCCCUCUCAACCCCAGGCCUCCGCCAAGCCGUCUUCUGGGUCGGCUUCCGACAAGAAUUCCAUGUCGCCUUCUCCCAACAACGACCCAUCCGUCUCCCCCUCUCCAUAACAACCCCCUAUCUAAUCUGGACCCCAGCCCCAGACCACAUCUGGACGAACCGCCUCCUCAUCAUCUGCGCCCACGCCCUACAAUACUGCUACGACGACCACCCCGCCCCUCUAGACCGUUACUACGAGCUCAUCGACCUCCACAACCGCUGGCUCCAAUCCCGACCCCCGUCCUUCUCACCCGUUUACUACGAAGAACCAAACCACGAAAUGAACGACCAACUCUUCCCCAAAAUCUGGUAUCUGGAUGAUUGCCACAUCGUCGCGUCUCAGAGUAUGGGCUUACUUAAUAUUCUCCUCACGGCUUACUCACCACAUAUACCCCGUGUUGGGCCAGUCUGUCGAGAGUCGAUGGAUGUUAUGAAUGCGAAAUUGAGAGCUACUGUCUUUGAGAUUUGUGGGAUUGCGGUGUCGAAUCGACAGUCACCGCCUGCGUUUACUACUCUCUGUAUUGCUGUUAAUAUCUGUGGGGAUCGGUUUACAGAUUUGAGGGAGCAGAGGGCUUUGAUGGAGGUUCUGGUUGGUACGACUAGGGAGACGAGUUAUUGGCCGACGACGGAGUCGCAGAAGAGGUUGAAGGAGGUUUGGGGGUGGGAUAAUUGAGAGGCUUUUUUGGCUGAUAUAGUAAUCAGUUCCAAUAUGAAAGCAAGUUGUUCC